GAAAAAACGAGCAUUUCCAAAAUUGGGCUAAACUUAGAAUGGGCUUUUCGGCGACUGAAGAAAUCCAUUGAGGCCCGCAGAAAAGGGUAUUUCUGUAAUUAUAAUGAAGCUAAAACCCGCGGGAGAUUCAGAUUAGUGGCUGAUAGAGCCUGCAUUUUCCCGCCAUUACUCGCUCCCCUCAACCUACUGAAACCCUAGUCAGAGCAAAAUCGAAGCGAAGAAGGAAACCAGUCAUGGAAGGCGAAAUCAAAGCCGAAUUCGAGAAGAACGGUUUCAUCCUUGAUAACGAAGAGGAAAUCCUCAACAAAUGUCUCACUUUCUGCAUAAACUACAAGCUUAACCCUUCGGAUCUCGUUUCCAGCUGGGACGUUUACUCUCUCAAUCGAAAGCUGAAAGAUCUAGUUGUUCAGAAUGUGGAAAUGGAAGGUUUCCUAUCGCACUUACAAAACGAGCAGAAAGAAGCGGUGGUUAAACAAGAAGCCGACCUUCAUUUCUACUCGAGCAAAGAUGUUGACAUGAUUUUGAAUGAUGACGAGGAAAACUUUAAGGAUGCAAUUCUGAGCACUCCUCCAGGUAAAAAUGCAAAACCAUACUCCGAUCCAUUUGAUUCAGCACUCUACUCGAACGGGAACGGUUAUUCUUCUGAGAAGCCGUCAAGGCUUGUGACUCCAUUCGGGCGAAGAACCGAUAAGUUUGUUGCGAGAUUCAACUUCAACAAUCUGCCUGAUACCGAGAAUGGUGACGAAAAGGAUGCUGGUAUGGACUCUGAGGAUGAUGUGAUCAAGAGGGUUAAACCUUUGAAGAGGUUUUCUUUGGUUGUCAAUGGAGAUGGGCCUGAGCCAGGUUGCAGAUUCAUGUAUGACAGGAUUGAAGACCGGUUUAAUGCACUUGACAACCGCAUCAGAAGGCGUGCUGCUUCACUUUUUUCGUCUGGCAUUUAUGAGGAACCAUCAGAUCCUUCGGUUGCUUCGGGGAGAAGUAUAUUUGCUGUUGGAAUGAUUUGUUGUGAAGAGGAAGGUCGACUAAAUGACAAGUCCAUUAUGCUGCAAAGCAGCAUCGAGCAUUCAGGAGGACAGCGUGUGCGUCUAGAUCUGCAAAAAGUGAACCAGUUCUCUGUUUUUCCAGGACAGAUUGUAGGUGUUGAAGGUAACAAUCCAAGUGGAUAUUGUUUGAUCGCAUCGAAGCUGGUAGAUUCUGUUCCUUUAUCAGCAAACAAUGUUGAAGAUUUGCAUCCUGCGAAAAGACCAGCCUUGGACCAAGACAUUCAGUUGGUUGACUCAUCCAGUCCAGAAAAAGAGAUAUCAGUGCUUAUUGCCUCAGGACCGUUUACCACAACUGACAACUUAUAUUUUGAACCUCUCUCGGAGCUACUAGCUUAUGCAAGAAAAAAGCAACCACAGCUGCUUAUAUUGUUGGGACCAUUUGUUGACUCUGAACAUCCAGAGGUUAAGAAAGGAACUGCGGACAGAAGCUUUGAUGAAAUUUUUCAUAUUGAAAUCAUCAGAAGGGUGCAAGAUUAUGUUGAACACAUGGGUUCCAAUGCAAGAGUGAUUCUUGUACCUUCUACACGUGAUGCUAACCAUGACUUUGUUUUCCCUCAGCCUGCAUUCGACAUUCAUCCUCCCGAGCUCAAACAUCAGAAUGACUUAGUACUAUUUGUUUGGUUUGCCCAGAUCAAGAGUCUCCCAAACCCAGGCAUUUUCGAAGCUAAUCAGGUCAGAGUAGGUUGCUGUACGGUAGAUAUUCUUAAACAGCUUAGUGGAGAGGAGCUAUCUCGGAAUCCCAAAGAUGGUUCACCACCAAGCGACCGGAUGAGCAGACUUGCAAGCCAUAUCCUAAAUCAGCAAAGGCAACUUCAACAUGAAAAUAUUCCUGAAAGCAGCUUUUAUCCACUUUAUCCGCCGGCAGAAGAUGUCCCACUCGACUUCUCACUUUCUCCAAAAGCUCUCCACAUUGCUUCUCCUCCACCUGACAUUCUUAUAUUACCUUCAGACAUGAAGUACUUCAUUAAGGUAUUAACGCUCGGAGGAACAACUGAAGGGGAAGAGCAGAGGAAGUGCAUCUGUAUAAACCCAGGAAGACUGGCAAAGGGUGAAGGAGGUGGCACAUUUGCAGAGCUCGAUUACGGCGGCAGCCCUGAUAGAAUGAAUGCCUCUAUCUGGAGCAUAUAGAAGCGUUCCCAAAUCCCAAGUAACACAUACUAUCACAACUCCGUUCCCGAAUGUCGUCUUGCAUUGCAUACUAGAUGGUUAUGGUUGCAGAGUCUGGUCUAGAUUCUGCAGAUCAUCAGCAAGUCUAUAUGAGCUGAAUAUGUAAAUCACCAUCCCACAUUCCUUGUAUCCUUGGGGAAACUGUGCUCCAUACGAAGAGAAACAAAGUUGAUGGAAAGGGGCAAGGGAUGUACAUUUGUAGGAAUUGAGCUUUGUAAAAUUUAUGUCAGGUAAUGUGUAUUAGGGUUCUUCUAAAAGCUGUACUUUUCAGGGGUUUUUUCCUGAGUUUAUUAGUAUUAUUAUUUUAUUCAGUUCAACUCAGAUGGAUCAGUAGAGACAAAAUAGAAAAAAGAAAUGAAAGAAUAUUAGUCAUCUUCCAUUUUUUCAAUUCUUCAACCAAGAUAUAAAACUGUCAGAAGUCAACAUUCUUGGCUGCUUUCUCUUAUU